AUGAACCACAGUGGCAAAUAUCCCUGUUCCUGGUGUUCUUGGUUAUUUUUUUUUCUCACCAUUGUGGGGAUUCUUGUUCUAAUUGCUCUCAAAUGGGAUGACCCUCAGCUUCACAUCUGCAUAUACUUAUUCCUCAGGAGUUUGACACUUGUGGAUGCUUGGCUAUCACCCACAGUAUCCCCCAAGAUGGUAGUCAACUUUUUUGCAGAGACCAAAAUGAUAUCUCUUUCAGAAUGCAUGAUACAAUUUUUUUCCUUUGCAGUAAGUAUAAAAGUGGAAUGCUUUCUAUUGGCAACAAUGACAUAUGAUCUCUCUGUGGCCAUAUGCAAACCAUUACAUUAUCCAGUGAUUAUGUCCAAUGCACUGUGCAUCCACUUGUUAGUGUUGUCACUAUUAGGUAGCCUUCUUCAUGCCAUAAUUCAUAGUUCUUUUUUUUUUUUUAAGAUUUUAUUUAUUUCAAUUCCCAUAGUACAUCACUUUUACUAUGACAUUAUACAAUUGCUUAAGAUUUCUUGUACUGACCCUUCUAUCAAUUAUCUGAUAUUAUUUGUUUUUGCUGGGUCAAUACAAAUAUUCACCACUCUGAUGGAGACUCUUGUCUCCUACACACUAGUUCUCUUUAUAAUCUUAAAAAAGAAGUCUCUACAAGACAUAAAGAAAGCCUUCCUUGGGCCCAUCUCUUUAUCUGUCUCCUUAUACUAUGGUGUUCUUAUCUUCAUGUAUGUGUGCCCCGUAUCUACACAAUCAGAAGACCAAGGUGUGAAGGACUCUCUCUUUUACACUAUCAUAAUUCCCUUGUUAAAUCCAAUUAUCUACAGUUUGAGAAAUAAGAAAGUCAUAGAUUAG